AUUCUCCACUCUGUAAAUGUCGACAUAACGAGUAGUACUUGUGAAAAAUCUUAAUUGAACUCCGUUUUCUGGUCUUCUUUCUUCACCACUCCAACUUAACCUAACAAUCAUUUUCUCUCUCCAAAUCACCAAUUCUCAAUUCAUCGUAUUCAUAUAUGAAUUGAAUUGAAGUGCGAUUAAUCAAUUACUUUCCUAAUUUGAUUUUUCAAUCGUUGAUCGCCGGAAUUUCAUCGGAAUUCGAUCACAUCACCGAUUAAUCUCGCCGGAAAUCAUGAAUCGUCGUCAAUUAUCGACGCCGGCAAAGCCGAUUAAUAUGAACACGCUUACAAGAAAAAUUGAUGUCGAUAAUCGGCUUUCUUUGGGGUAUUAUUAUCGAAUUGCUGAUACUCUUCUCAAACAGGCAGAUGUGUAUCGAGAAGAAAAUAAUAUAGUGGACUUGUAUGUUAUGCUCGUUAGGUUUUCAAGUUUGGUGUCUGAAACAAUACCCUUCCAUCGGGAUUACCAGGCUUUACAUUCUAGAGAAAGAGUACAUUACAGAAAGAAAUUGCUGGCAGUUAUUAAUGAGCUGGAAUCAUUGAAGCCUGAGUUUCAGCGUCGAGUAAAUGAACUUAACAAGGCUUAUACAGAAACACAACUAAAACAAUUUGAUGGCAGAGAGAAGACCACAUAUGGUUUGGAAGCAUCUUUGACACGGCCCUCUGCUUAUGCUCCUAGUUUUGAGAGCAAACAGCUACAACCAGAUAGCAAAACAAUUCAGUCUUCAUGGAAACAGAACAAUGAUUUCCUAGCUGCUUCAACUUCGAUGCCUUUUGAAAAAAGCUUCUCUAAGCUGUCUCUAGCGGUGCCACUUCCAAAUCAAGAAACAUUGUCAAGGCACUCCUUUUUAGGUCCAACUGGACUUCGUCGUCAAUGGCAAGGACCUAGUACGGAGAUUAAGGUGUCUUACCCUAGCCAUGCUGACUUAACUCCAGCUGAAAAUUUAUGCCUUAUUCAAGAUACACAAAAUGAAACUCAAGUUCAGAAGGAUGAUAGGUUAGGACAAGAUAUGGAAGCAGUCCUGUCUUUAGACAAUGGUAGCUGGUCACCCUGUGAAGAGGACUUGUCUGUGGGAAUCAUAAGGCAGCCAGUUCCUCCCCCUGUACUCGCUCAAGUUCAUCCAGAUUACCAUCCUAUCUCUCCAUCAAGAGUGGCUGAUCCAAGACCUGGACCAGCUAAGCCUUCAGAGAAUGGGACACAGAAUCCUAAUUCAUAUCAACAUCUGCAUAUUCCUGUGAGAAUGAUGGAAGAUUUCUUGAGGCUGGCACAACAAAAUACGACAAAAAAUCUUGAAACAUGUGGAGUUCUAGCUGGUUCUCUGGUAUGUUUUUCUCAAUUUCUUCAUGUAAAAAACCGAGUGUUUCACAUUACUACUUUAAUUGUUCCGAAGCAAGAGUCAACUUCUGAUUCAUGCCAGACAUUAAAUGAGGAAGAAAUAUUUGAGGUUCAGGACAAAGCAUCACUAUUUCCUCUUGGAUGGAUUCAUACGCACCCGACACAGACAUGUUUUAUGUCCUCAGUUGACCUGCAUACUCAUUACUCAUAUCAGAUUAUGUUGCCGGAAGCAGUUGCUAUCGUUAUGGCACCUACAGAUUCAUCCAGUCCGCAUGGUAUAUUUCACUUGUCUGAUCCUGGUGGUGUUUCUGUGAUUCGAAAUUGUGAUCAGCGUGGAUUUCAUCCUCAUGAGGAACCAUCAGAUGGUAGCCCACUAUAUGAACACUGCUCACACGUUUAUUUGAACCCAAAGUUGAGGUUUGAUGUGAUUGAUCUUCGAUAAAUGUCCUACAGAGUUCUUUUGUAUUUAGAAAAUUAAUUUUCAGAUCAAAGCAAAUAACAUUAUCAUUUGUACAGCUAUAAUUGAUCAUAUCUGUAAAUGUUUUUGUUAUUGGGGAAAUAUCUGGUGAAUUUGUUCAUCUGCUGCUGUGUUUUGAUAAACCAUACCUGACUGCACGAUACCUUGAUAAAAUACUCAAAAGUUUGCUGUUUUGUGUUUUAAUCUCUAUCAAGCACAUAACAUUGUCAUUAAUUGGAAGUAAUUGUUACUUCUGCU